AUGGGUUGUGGCUGCGCUAAGGCGACGGCGGUGCAGCCCGAGCACCAAGCAGCCAACACCAGGACCGUCCAUGUGGGCUCAGCCUUCAAAGGCCGACCCAGCCUGGCAGAGCUCCGGAAGCUGAACGAGCCAGGCCCUGAUGAGCAGUAUGGCGCCGAGAAGAAGGCCUUUGGCAGCGACCAGGUGUCCGGGCGCGGGCUGCGGUCCGGGGCCAGCUGCCUGCAGGUCCUGGAGAAGCGCUCGGUGCUGGUGGCGGUCCGGGCUCGGCCGCCGAACGAGCGCGAGAAGGCCGCCGCCAGCGCGGAGUGCCUCAGCUUCGAGGCAGAGACAGGCAUCGUGCUGCACCGGGACGAAGAUCGAGACCACCGCUUCGCCUUCGAUUGCAUCAUGCGCCAGACCACGGGCCAGCGCGAGGUCUACGACCGGACCGCGCGGCCGCUGCUGCACAAAGUGCUGGAGGGUUACAACGGCUGCCUCUUCGCCUACGGGCAGACGGGCUCUGGGAAGACCUUCACCAUGCAGGGCGCUGCAGGGGAGGAGGGCAUCAUCCCCACGCUCUGCACGGAACUCUUCCGGGAGAUUCAGGAGGCGGCGGAGCAGCGGCACAUCACGGUGGUCUGCAGCGUGCUGGAGAUCUACAACGAAAAGGUCAAGGAUUUGGCGGCGGAUGCCGCUGGCGAGGACCUGGCGAUCCGCGAGGAUGGCUCCCAAGGUGGCCGCGGUAUUCACGUGGAGGGCCUGAAGGAGAUUCAAGUCCGGAGCUGCGAAGAGGUUCUCGACUGCAUCACCAAGGCGCAGCUGAAACGGUCCGUGGGCAAGACGAACAUGAACGAGCACAGCUCCCGCUCACACUCCGUGGUGACGCUGCGGAUCGGCGCCUGCGACUGCGACGACGUGGAUGCCGCCACGCUCACGGUGUCAAAGCUACACCUCAUUGACCUGGCCGGCAGCGAGCGCCAAAAAACCACAGGCGCCAGCGGCGACAGGUUGAAGGAAGGUGCGCAGAUCAACCUCUCCCUGUCGGCUUUGGGCAAUGUUAUCAAUGCCCUCACUGAGAAGUCUGGAGGCGGUCGGCAUGUGCCCUACCGAGACUCCAAGCUGACCCGUUUGCUGCAAGACUCCUUAGGGGGCAACUCCUACACCGCCAUUAUUUGCAACAUCUCGCCGGCCAAGAUCAACGCGGAGGAGACGUUGUCCAGUCUCCGCUUCGCCGAGCGGGCCAAGAAGAUCGAGAACAAGGCGGUGGUGAACCGGGACCCCAAGGGGGAGCGGAUCUUGGAGCUGAUGCAAGAGAACAAGGCGCUGCGAGCCAAGGUGGCGCGCUUGGAAGCACACGUGGACCGCUCCCUGGCCCUGACUGCGUUGCGGUCCCAGAAUUGGGAGUCUCCGCAUGCAAGGGCGCUGGGUCGCGAGCUGGAGUCGAAGCUCAACGGGGACCUUUUCCCCUCAGUGCGCUUUGCGGAGGUGGACUGCGCUCGAGACAAGGUGCUGUGCAACCAGGAGCAUGCAACGCGCUCAGGAGUCAAUGGGCGCCGGGCGUCCGCUUACAUGCUUCCUUCUCCGUCGCCGUGA